AUGGGCGUCAACAGCAACGAACUCACCACACUUGGAUUCAUACAGCUGCCCAUCUCACUGGGUUCCAUGACACAGGCAGUCAAGUUCCACAUCAUGCCAGCCUGCCCUGCGUCAGUCCUCCUGGGAACCAGGGCUCUGCACAAUUUCAGCAUCACCAUUCAGUUCAAGAGGCAAGAGCUGGUGCUGCCUGGUGGCAAAGCAGUCCCAUUCCUGGUCACAGCAGCAACAGCAGCCCAAUACAGGGUGUUCCUGUCAGAGGAGCUGGUUGCAGAAGGCCCCACCCCAUGGACCAACAACAGUGUCAACCUGUUGGUGGAACCAACCAAGUGGGGCAGCGGCCUCAAGACAGCAAGGGUGGCACAAGCAUUAGCUGAUGGGUGGCACAACAAGGAGGGCAAGCACUGGACCAUGACCAAUGUGGCCAAUUUCUCCAUGAGACCAAUACACCUGUCAGCCAGCACACCACUGGCCAAGGCCAAGUGGGUGGAGGACAACUGGGUCUGCUCAGCAGUGGAGCCUGGAGCAGUGGAGGGGCCAGGGACCCCCUUUGAUGGUGUGGCACCAGGGAGCAAGGUCAAGGUGGAGACCCCUGUCAACAGUGGGAUGUCAGAGGGCAUGUCCAAGGCGCCCUACCACAACACACUGAGCUGGGAGCCCAUGGCCACAGCAACUGCGGUGGACAUCAAUGGCAUGGUCAGCAGAGCAGACACUGGCCUUUCAGCAAAUGGAGGUGGAGUGUCUGUGAACCCUGCUUACACUGAAUUGUGA